CUGAGAAAAAAGUUGGCACUUGGCAGGAGACUGCUUUGCGUAAAGGACCGAGUCUGAAUCAUGUUUUGCGCAGAAUCUGUGCUCACUUACGAUUAAUUUACAGGAGAGAGGCGCAUCUCCAUCUCACAGGAUGCGAGUAGCGCGCUGAAUGGUUUUGGGAAAAGGGGGGUACCAAACUUGCGUAAAAGAGCCUGAUUUUGCACAAGUACUGAUUGCUUGUCACAAGUAAGUUGAUUGACACGAUGUCAGCCUUACGGAGGAAAUUUGGCGAGGACUACCAGGUGGUCAACACCAACCAGGGCAUUACUUUUUCCGCACCGGUGAAGAGAAAGAGGCAGCGGUUUGUGGAGAAGAACGGCCGCUGCAACGUCCAGCACGGUAACCUUGGCGGGGAGACCAGCCGGUACAUUUCAGAUCUCUUCACCACGCUGGUGGAUCUGAAGUGGCGCUGGAACCUACUGAUCUUUAUCCUCACUUACACAGUUGCGUGGCUGGUUAUGGCUUCUAUGUGGUGGGUGAUCGCCUACAUCCGCGGCGACCUGAGCCACGGCGGCCACGACAAGUCAUACACCCCGUGCGUCGCCAACGUGUACAACUUUCCCUCCGCGUUUCUGUUUUUCAUCGAGACCGAGGCGACCAUCGGCUACGGCUACCGCUACAUCACAGAGAAGUGUCCGGAGGGCAUCAUCCUAUUCCUCUUCCAGUCGCUGCUGGGGUCCAUCGUGGACGCCUUUCUCAUCGGCUGCAUGUUCAUCAAGAUGUCGCAGCCGAAGAAGCGCGCGGAGACGCUGAUGUUCAGCCAGUACGCGGUCAUUUCGCAGCGGGACGGGAAGUUGUGCCUCAUGUUCCGAGUGGGGAACCUUCGGAACAGCCAUAUGGUGUCCGCGCAGAUCAGGUGCAAACUCAUCAAGUCUCGACAGACCCCAGAAGGCGAGUUCCUGCCCCUGGACCAGUGUGAGCUGGACGUGGGUUUUGGGACGGGGGCGGACCAGCUCUUCUUGGUGUCGCCUCUGACCAUCUGCCACGAGAUCAACACCAAGAGCCCAUUCUUCGAUCUGUCACAGCGCUCACUCAUGAACGAGCAGUUUGAGAUUGUUGUCAUCCUAGAGGGCAUCGUGGAGACCACUGGUAUGACAUGCCAAGCAAGGACAUCUUACACCGAAGAUGAAGUCUUGUGGGGCAAUCGUUUCCUCCCUGUCAUGUCACUGGAGGAGGGGUUCUUCAGAGUCGACUACUCCCAGUUCCACAACACCUUUGAGGUCCCUACGCCUCCCUACAGUGUCAAAGAGCAGGAGGAGAAGUCCUCGUUGACGUCGCCCAAUCCUCUACCUGUUGCACCCACACCCUCCUCCCCUAUGCUGGGUAACGGUGGCAGAGGAGCCCGCAGAGAAAGGCUCCUGUCAGCUGACUAUGCAGACCACGUAGAGGACCAAGCCUUCAGGCUGCCCAGAAAACUCCAGCGCAUGAGCUCCACCAAGGAGGAGCUCCUCUGGAGGGGGCUGAAGACAGGGCCAGCCUUGCCUGGGGGGAAGGCCUCCAGCACAGGAGACCUUCCGCUUAGUAUUCAGAGGCUGAGGUCCAGCUCCAUCCCGGUCGCGAUGCAAGGACAGCCAGAGGAGCAGGUCCAGCUGUUGUCCUUAGAUGGAGAUGCUGAAGAGGAUGAGCUGGAGAAACAGAGACUGCCAGCAGCCAUUAGGACCAUCACUGCUCCGACCCCACCAUUAGUCCAGAUCCCCUUGGUAGGGAGUCGGCCAGAGGACAAUCUACCCGCCAAACUGCGCAGAAUGAAUGCUGACCGCUGACUUCUGCAGACUAUCUUUAAGCCUAAAAACAUUUUGAAAACUAAAUCAGGCUUGAUGGGCAUUGCAUAUAAAUAAGGACUACUGUGAUAUAAGUUUUAUUUUUUCCUGCAACUUAGGGGCUCUAUACUAAGUUGUCCAUUGCCACAAAUAGAAGGACAACACCAAUAAGCCAUCCAUCCGCUCAUACUGUGAGUCAUUUUUGAUAGACCACCAUCUGUGCCCCCCCGCCCACUGAUUUCUUACACUUUUGCCCUUGUGCUUGUUUCUUUCACUUCUGUUCGUAGAGUUUGUGCAUCAAAUACUUUAUUAUCUGAAAAGCAACUAAACUUUUUUCAAUUAAUCAAGCACCAGUGACAGUCGUGAAAAAGACUCACCUGAAGUUACUGUUUGCAAAACCCCUCCCCUGAACAGCAACUGUCCAAUCCCAGUUCAGCAACUGUAACUAGCCGGUCUGUCAAGCUUUGGAUUUUUUCACAUGCUUCCAGCGGUCUACAUUGUACUGUAUUAGGAUAAAGACCCACUAAAAGUGAUGCAAUGCGAUGCAAAGUUUGCCCCCAUUCAUUUUCCACGGGAUACGAGCGAAGCAUUAUGGGAUUCCCUGCAAUGCAGGACUGACCAGCAAUGUGAAAAAAGAGAGAGUCCAAGGUUGAACAUUUUCAACUUAAUGCAAAUGAGGGCCGAAUUCCAAAUUCAGUUGGUGGCUACGCAGUAUUUUGCAGUAAAACUGACAAACAAAAAAGCAAUGCAGUGCUGGGACAGCACGUUUAGUGUUGCUGCUGUGGAGAUCAUUAUUGUACUUUCUGUUCACUCUUUUUCUUAUGUCCCUGGCCUUCAGGAUUGCAGUACAAACAAAGUGCUGCUUGGCACAAAGUCACUUAAACUCUGGGAGAAGCUUGUGAGCUCUGACACACCCACCACAACGAGUGAGAGGUGGCAGAGACUAAAGUGCUCGGUAUACUCGCCGUUCUCGACCUGUCGCGCGACAAUGUGAUGUCACGGGAGCGCCGUAACUAUUUAUACUUGCGCGUGGUGGUUGCGAUACUAGUUGCAGUCUUCUCCUGAACAGAGGUGUCGCUACUGAGGAAAGGCUACCGACUUUUGCAAGAAAACGUUUUUUUUUUUUGCUUCAAAUCGGUCGUGGAGGUACUUCCAAAUUUUCCAGCAUAUGGCCUCCUCUUUUCCAACAUCCAUGGCGAGAAAUCGCCAUGAAUUCUGGCACCUCUGGGCAUCUCUGUGUUCCUUCAUUGAAGGAUCGUACAGAUCGUCCAUCUUCCUGUUUCCGGUUUGUCGCGCUCAGCUGAAAAAAAAAGAGUGGUGCGCGACUGGGCCAAAAUCCUGGCGCGCCAGCGAGAUCUGCGUCAUUUUGAUGUCACCUUGUCGCGCGUCAGGUCGGCAACGGCAAGUAUACCGAGCGCUUAAGGCUGCACCAUAUGGUAAAAACAUCAAAUUGCGAUUAUUUGGACAGAUAUUGCGAUUGCAAUAUGAUUUGCGAUUAGUGUGAGAAUGAUCAGUUUUGCAUCACAAAUGAAAUUUUCACUGAAAAAAUAUUAAAAUCCCAAUGAUGCAAAAUCUUUUAGGGUCUGUAGCAUGCAAACAUGUUUUCUUAAAUCUAGAGAACAAGAUUUGUUGUCCAGGGCAUCUCUGCAGCACUACAACAUUUCACUAUAAAGCUGUUUUGUCACACAUUUUUAGCUUUAUCAAAUUACUGCAGCUUCUGUGGUUUGAAUAAUUAUUAAUUAAUGCUUAUUUAAUUAAUUAAUUAAUUAAAUUAUUAAUUGUGUUUAAUUGUGCAGCCCUAGCAGAGACGAAGUAGCGUGAUUAGGAGCGUAUCUAUGUUACCCAGGGUCCUAUGUUCCCUAACCCUAAUGCUAACCUGGAAGGGGAGACAUAAGUGACAGAGUUGUGAUCUGAAACUACACCGCUAGAUGCCACUAAAUUCUACAGACUGGACCUUUAAUGGUUGGCUAGAAAUGAGAAACCUACUUUUACCCACCUGUCUGUGAAAUCAAGCACCUUUAGUUUCGAAUUUUGAGUAGUAAAUCUUCCACCGUUGUCUUUGUAAACUGCAUACAAAAGCUUGUCAGGCGUAGCAACAGUAGCUGUGGGGGACAGCAAACUUAGCAAACAGUCAAUCAACCUGAAUUGGGUAAAACAAAUCAAAAACCCUGCUACACAGGUCAGGCUGAAACACUAUAUUUAUUUAUCAAUUGUCCUGAGUAUUUGUUUAUGUGAAUGCUCAUUUGAAGUAUGUUUACUACUGUACAAUUUUAACUAUUUUUACCUCUUGGUGCAGUGUUUGCAUUGGCCCGUUAUACGCAAGGGUGACAAAAUGUAAUCACAGAUCAAUUUUGGACUAUGGACUUUCUUUUAACAUCAACUGAUUUAUUAAAAUGUAAAUCAAAUAUUUGGGAAUGCAGGGAUGCUGACAUCAGGGGAUACAUGUAUUAUUGCUGAUAUAAAGGAAAGAUACUACUUCAUAUUGCAACUCCUAAAUAAUAAAUUAUUUGAAAUCACAA